AUGGAAAUGCGACAAGCCAUUACGGAGAAGGAGAGCGACAAGACCCUUAAAACAAAAAUGCGUGAGAAGAUCCGACCUAAAAUGGGCAAGGUGGACAUUGACUACCAGAAGCUUCAUGACGCCUUCUUCAAAUACCAGACUAGGCCGAAACUCACGCAGCACGGUGAUCUCUACUACGAGGGCAAGGAGUUUGAAGUGAAGCUGAAGGAGAAGAAGCCUGGCGCGCUAUCCGAGGAACUGCGCAAUGCUCUCGGCUUGCCCGUGGGACCGGUAUGUGUUUAUUUUGCCCUCCUUAAAUGA